AUGUACGAGAUGAACGCUGGUGUACAACCGCACCAUGGACAAAUUCUGGAGGCCUUCAUGACGACUUCAGUCGUCCCCCAAUUUCCGCAACUCCGCCUCGACAACGUCCAAUUGAGCCCUCUAGUUGGACACAGAAAGACCCUGCGAGAAGUCAGGGUUCAAAACCCUCUCUCAAUGGAGGAAUAUCGCAAGACCUCAAUGAUAGUCCCCCAUCUCACAUCGAAGCUGCUCCCCAGUUCAUCUAGUCGGGGUCCGGGGAGCGUGGGGAGGCAAAGGCUUAGGUCACGUUUCUGGUUGAUCGCAUCUCGCCCCGGUCAGCGACAAUUUUCGGGGCAUCUGUCCUCGAACGCCCAGCAUCGGCUCGCUCGCCAAGCCCCCGAAUGGAGUCGCGGCGGGGUAAUCAAAACACCGCACUUCCUCCACGGGAACCCGGCGCCCGCGGCAUCCAGAGUGGGUCUAACCCAGCACCACUUCCACUCCGUACACCCCAACGCCCCGGGCGGUAGUGGAGUCCCGUGUACUCCAUACCCCGUCCGCCCCGCCCGCCGCAAACACUCGGAUCAAACGGCACCGCCAUGUGGCCAUCAUUCCCGCCCCAAGGACACGCCCCGAGGGCUAGGCUGGCACGGUUGGGGCGUGGAGGAACGGAACGCCAAUAGAAGACUGUCAUUUUCCGCUGUCAUGACCUCUGGGGCUCCUCUCCUCCCCUUGAAGCCGAUCAAUUCACUACAUGGCAGUCCGAGCUUUGUAGGGCCGGGAAUCGCCUCCACGCCCGCUUUCUUGGAGAACAUCGUCUCAAGUCUGAACGGCAAGAAUAAGAUACCACCACCAUGGAAUACUGAAACUUCGAGCCCAGCCGCAUGUUCAAAUCCAACCGGCGUACCGGCAUGA